UAUGUCUUCCGCGAACAAACCAACUCGAGGCUUUAUUGACAAUAAUCCGAGAUAAAGAUACUAAUCGUGGAGACUUUAUUUUUUAUUCUGAUAGAAUAAUUAGGCUCCUUGUCGAAGAAGGGCUAAACCAUUUACCCGUUAUUGAAAAGAAAGUCAUUACACCAACAGGAAGUGAAUUUAAUGGCGUUUCCUUCAAGGGUAAAAUAUGUGGUGUGUCUAUUAUGAGAGCAGGAGAAGCAAUGGAGCAAGGGCUGCGUGAAUGUUGCAGGAGCGUACGAAUCGGAAAGAUUUUGAUCCAGCGUGAUGAAGAAACUGCCCAACCUAAGCUUUAUUAUGCAAAAUUACCUCCAGGUAUAGAGAAUAGAUACGUCUUGUUGUUAGAUCCAAUGCUUGCGACUGGUGGAUCAGCAAUUAAAGCUAUAGAAGUAUUGUUGUCUUAUGGUGUUAAAGAAGACAAAAUAUUGUUUUUGAAUUUAAUUGCAGCACCUGAGGGUAUUCAAGCCGUCACUUCAAGGUUUUCACAACUCAAGAUUAUAACUGCAUUCAUUGAUGAAGGAUUAAAUGAGAAAAAGUUUAUUAUACCUGGAUUAGGCGAUUUUG